AUGGCUAGUGUCACAAGAUCAUUGGCCUCCUCUACCAGACUCCUGGUUCGAAGGGGCCCAGGUUCUUUAUCUGGACGAUGCUUCACUACAACCUCGUUCCGAUCUGUGUCUGAAGAUCCGGUCAUUCCUCCUCCGCCGAAAGAACUCAAAGCUGAAGAUUUCCCACCAAUGCCCGAGUAUUCACCAGAUAUCCUCAGCAAAGAGGCGCGCUCUAUGUAUGAUAUGCUGUCUCCCGAGGAGCGAACAGCUUUCAAUGCUGAGAACAACCGCAUUGUGGCCGAAUUUAACGACAUUGAGAAGCGUAAGGCUGCUUUCGCAGAGCUUGAGAAGAGCGUCAAUCAGAUUGACAAGGCUGAGGAUCUGCGAUUUGAGGAUAUUCGUGUGAAGUCGCGAGGAUUCUGGGCUGAGGACGAGGACGAUGAAUUGGCCCAGGUGGAGGACGGUGAUGAAGAGAUCAACGAUGAUGAAAUUACCUCCAUGGCUUAUGCUGAGAUGGAGCUGCACCGGGAGAUGCGAGAGUAUGCCCGAAUUGCAGCAUGGGAUAUGCCAAUGCUGAGCAAGCUGGCCCAACCUUUUACCCUUCCUGCCGAAACCCAAAUUCUCCGUUUCCGCUACACUACCUACCUGGGUGAACAGCAUCCUGCCGAGCCCAAGGUCGUUGUAGAGCUUGCCUCCAAGGAUUUGACCCCCAAGCAUCUUACCGAGGCUCAGCGCCUGACUUUCCUGAAGCUCGUUGGUACUCGUUACAACCCACAAACUGAUGUGGUUCGCAUGUCCUGUGAACAGUUCGGAUCGCGAGCACAGAACAAGCGAUAUCUUGCCGAUAUUGUCAACUCACUGAUCAAAGAGGCUAAGGAAGGUGACUCCUACGCUGAUAUCCCUCUUGAUCUCCGCCACCACAAGCCCAAGUCUCGUCCCAGAUUCCCAGAGUCUUGGGUAAUGACUGAUGCGCGCAAGAAGCAAUUGGAUGCUCGACGGAAAGAGCGGUACCUGGCCGAAGAGGAACGACAGACUAUCGUUAAUGGUAACAACGUUGUUGGACAUGCCAUUGCAUCUCUUCCUGAGUUCAACCCAGAGCUGAAGGCUCAGGCUACAUUAGAGCGGGAGCGCGUUGCUGUAAAGGUUGGUGCCCGGGUUAAGAAGCAGCCACUUCGUCGGUGA